AUGGUUGCAGUUGGAAGCACAAAGUCAAAGACUUGCCAUAGUCCUUUCAACUCCCUCAACAGACAAACUGCCCUCAGAAAUAUUCAUAAACUCUGCCCGCCACUAUCCAAAGUCCUUAUCAAUACCUACAGAGAAGAUAUUAAUUUGUUUAUUGGUGGAGAAACAUUACUAUCACAAGAGGGCACGACCCAAGGAGACCCACUGGCAAUGGCAAUGUACGCCAUAGCCACCAACCCUAUUAUCAAGAAGCUAAGUAAGGAACACACCAAACAAGUAUGGUUUGCAGAUGAUGCCUCAGCAUCUGGUGACCUCCACAGCCUAAGAAAAUGGUGGGAUACUCUUAAUAACAUCGGCCCAGACUAUGGAUAUUAUCCAAAUGCAUCCAAAACGUGGCUUGUGGUGAAAAAUGGAUGCCAAAUUAAAGCAAAUGAAAUGUUUGGAAACACGGAAGUCCGUAUAACUGAGGGAGGCCAGAGAUACCUAGGCUCAGCAAUCGGAAAGCAGUCCUUCCUGGAUACUUACGUCCAACAGAAGGUUGACACCUGGGUAGAAGAACUGAAAAGCCUCUCUUCAAUAGCCACCACCCAACCUCACAGUGCUUUCGCUGCUUUCACACAUGGUUUCGCUAGUAAAUGGACAUAUUUGGCUCGAACCACCCCAGGCAUUGCUAACCUCCUUAAGCCACUAGAAGAAACAAUAAGGACAGUCUUUUUGCCAAAAUUGACUGGACAGAAUGCCUUUGGUGAUCUGGAAAGACAGAUAAUGGCACUCCCAGCCCGCCAUGGGGGACUUGGUAUAGCAAACCCGUGUGAAACAAGCCCUGGUCAGUUCACGAUGAGCAUGUCAAUCUCAGCACCACUAGUCAGCCUGAUACUUGACCAAUCCGAUAUAUACGAACCUACAAUGAAGCAAGAGCAAGCCAGACUGAGGAACAAUGCCAAAAAAUUCCGCCGACAGAUGGAAGCCAGGACAGCAAGUGAGCUAAAUGAAGAACUACCAAACAAUUUGAAAAAAAUGGUUGGAAUAUGCUCAGAGAAAGGUACCUCAAGCUGGAUAACAGCGCUGCCUAUUGCAGAGCAUGGUUUCAUGCUACACAAGGGAGCCUUCAGAGAUGCUCUUUGCCUCAGGUACGGCUGGCGUCCUCAGAACCUACCCUCUCACUGUGUCUGUGGACUUCACUUCACAGUAGAGCAUGCACUCAGCUGCUCUAGGGGAGGAUUUCCAACAAUAAGACAUAAUGAAAUACGCAACAUCACAGCAAAUCUUAUGAGCGAAGUAUGUCCAGAUGUGGGUAUUGAACCAACCUUACAGCCUGUGACGGAAGAGCAGUUCCAACUUAGGACAACCAACCGCGAGGAUGGGGCUCACCUUGAUGUUGUGGCCCAGAGCUUCUGGAGCAACGAUAGACAGAGUGCAUUUUUUGAUGUCAGGGUCUUCAACCCGUACGCACCUACCUAUCGCCGCUCCACCAUGGCCCAGAGCUACAGAAGAAACGAGAUGGAGAAGAAGAGAGCUUAUGAACAGCGUGUAAGAGAAGUCGAACAUGGAUCGUUUACGCCUUUGGUUUUCUCUGCUGCUGGAGGUAUGGGUCCGGCUGCAGAUAUUGUCUACAAGAAACUAGCUUCAAUGCUGGCAGAGAAACAGGACAAAACAUACAGCACAACUCUGAAUUGGAUGAGGUGUAGGCUAAAUUUCUCCCUCAUAAUAUCAGAGAUUAUGUGCAUCAGAGGCUCUAGGAAGUCAUUCACCACCACCACACUAUGGAAGGCCUUAGACACUGGCACUAUUGACCUAGCAACUCAAGAAGGCCGGGUGCUAUCGGUCUGAAACAUGUGUUUUCACCCAGGAACUUUAUAAAAUUAUGUCACAUGUUUUUGUUGUUUUUUCUUGGUUUGUUUUUU